CUCGACGGUACCAUGGAAGUGAAGCUGCAUGCUCUGUUAGACAGAUAUGAAGACCUCGCGGCGAUCUUGGUGUCCACGUCGGAGGGCGUCCCAUUGCUCAAAGUGGAACAUGAAGAACACCCAUCGGACAAGGACGACGGGUCCAUGUUUGAAUACGCGGAAACUGUGUUGCCCAGCGUGUUUGCUGCCGCUGCCGAGCAAGCAGGCAAGUUGAAAUUCGGCAGCGUGUCUGCGAUCACAUGCUUCUUCGACUCGACGGCAUUGAUCCACAUCAACCACCUGCCGCUCGUGAUCACGCUCAUCGCGGCCCAAGGCGCGUCGCUCGGUGCGUUGUUUGACCUCGCGGACGACCUAAAGGCGUUGCUCCUGCCGCUGAAAAAGGUCGUCGAAUCCACGGAUGCCAACUAACGUCGUCGUUGCUGCCAUAUCUUCGCCUCAUGUGAUAGCUCCCACUCCGCUAUGCGAUAUAUACAUCCAGACAGUACACCCGCUAUGCAAUAUAUACAUCCAGACAGUGGGGUUUGUCUUGUUUGUCU